UUUUUUUCUUAUCGAUUUUCUAUAUAUACGCACUUUCUUUGAGCCGUGUCAGAUACAACACUGUUACUUUCUAUAUUGUUUCCUAUACAGUUUUUUUGUCUGUCUGAUCUGAGUAAAUUUGUGGGCUUUGAAAUGGGAGACAGAAAAAGAAGGCUAAGUUGUAAUGGAGGAGAAAAUGAUUCAGAGGAUUCUUUGCUUUGUAAGCGGUUUUGUGGGCUGAGUCCUGAAGCUGAGGAGCUCUUGAACAUUCUAGAAGAUGCUGAGGAAGAGCGGAGUGUUGCAGAGGAGGAGAUUGUGUGUUGUGUAAUGAAGAGUCUGGAGGAGGAGAUUACGUCAGGUAGUUCUGUUGAGAAUGAAGCGUUUGUGGAGACGGAUACUCGAUCCUGUGACGUGGAGAAUGAGAUAAGAUACUUGCUCAGUGCUUCGGAUGAUGAGUUGGGUAUUCCGCCGAGUCCUUCUGUAAGUGACUCGCCUCUUUUUAAUAACUGUGAGUCUUAUGGUGGUGCUUCUGACGAAAGCUCCUCAGAUAUUGUUGAGAGCCUGUUCUGGCAUUUUGAAAAUGGUGACUGUAAAUUGGCGGCGCCUGUGGGUGGUGAGUUUGAGGAGGGGCAAGAAGAAAGGGAUUUUGGUGCGUGUAGUGGUUUGGUUGGGGUUUGCCAAGGAGAUGUAAAUUAGUUGGAAGGUUGUGUAUAUGUAGUGUAUAUGCAAGGGUUUUGAGCGUGCGAAAUCCGUGUAGCCAUGCCCUUUUUUCUGUGACCCUGUAAUGGGUAUUUUGUAAUCAAGAAGAUGAAGUAAUGAGACAAGCAAGAACUCUGAAGAAAAUAUAGGGAGUUUGGGA